GUGAAGAUAGAAGUCAUGCUCAGCUCAGCUCCAGAUCUGAUUCUUUCUAUUCAUUCAUUUCAUUCAAUUCAAUACAACCCUUAUUAUAGUGUAGUAUAAGUCCACAUGUGAUCAUAAUCUGUUGGAAUCGACACUCAUUUGCUUUCAAAUUUGUCUCAUUUCAAGAAUUACUUUGAAUUCUUGAAUAAAAUAUCAUUUGAUGACAUAUUUGGGAUAUUGAAAGCAUAAGAAUGGCUGAAACAACAGAAUAUACAGAAGUUCCGCAAACCAACGAAAAGGAAAGGCCUAAAAGUCCGGAAUCGAAAGCGGAAAACCCGGAUGUGAUAUGUUUAAAGCCCAAAAUGACCCUUCUCAAUGGCAUCACUGUAAUCGUUGGCAGUAUAAUCGGUUCGGGAAUAUUCGUUUCGCCUAAAGGUGUGUUGGAGAACACGGGAAGUGUUGGACUAUCUCUCGUGGUUUGGAUUACGUCCGGUGUCUUCUCCAUGAUCGGCGCCUACUGUUACGCUGAGUUGGGAUGUAUGAUCACUAAGUCGGGCGCCGAUUACGCGUAUAUCAUGGAGUCUUUCGGACCUUUUCUCGCUUUCAUAAGACUUUGGAUUGAAUGUAUGAUAGUGAGGCCGUGUUCGCAGGCAAUAGUGGCGCUCACGUUCUCGUUCUAUGCGUUGAGACCCAUAUUCCCAGACUGUGAGCCCCCGGACCUCGCCGUCAGAUAUCUGGCCGCCAUCUGCAUCGGUCUAUUAACUUUUGUCAACUGUUGGGACGUCAAGUGGUCAAUAAGAGUCCAGGAUUACUUUACAUAUGGAAAAUUGUUGGCAUUGACUACAAUCAUUAUAACCGGAAUCGUUCAGCUCUCAAAAGGACAUACGGAACAUUUCUCGUUUGUCCAGGACAAGGCUGUUCCCAACGUGGACAUCACAACAAUUGCGCUCUCAUUUUAUUCAGGAUUAUUCGCAUAUAAUGGAUGAACUAAAGGAGCCUCACAAAAAUCUUCCAAGAGCUAUAUUCAUAUCAUGUAUUUUAGUGACAGUGGUCUAUACCCUCACUAUAAUCGCAUUCCACUCGACUCUAAGUGUGGGCGAAGUAUUAGGUGCCGAAGCAGUGGCCGUCACAUUCGCUGAACGAUUGUACGGAUGGAUGGCAUGGAUAGUACCGGUGUUCGUAGCCAUGUCCACAUUUGGUGGCGUCAAUGGAAUCCUAUUAACUUCUUCGAGACUGUUUUAUGCGGGCGCCGAACAAAAGCAAAUGCCGGAGAUUUUAGCAAUGAUUCAGAUCUCACACCUGACACCAACUCCUGCUGUGAUCUUUAUGUGCAUUCUGUCGCUGAUCUACUUGACCUCCAAAGAUAUCUACGCUCUGAUCAAUUACGUGGGAUUCGCCACAUGGCUGGCCAUUGGAUUGGCUGUUGUUUGUCUUCCAUACCUGCGCUGGAAACAGCCAGACCUGCCCCGACCUAUUAAAGUGAACCUCAUUUGGCCCAUCAUUUACAUCUUAGCAUGGGAUUCGCCACAUGGCUGGCCAUUGGAUUGGCUGUUGUUUCCAGACCUGCCCCGACCUAUUAAAGUGAACCUCAUUUGGCCCAUCAUUUACAUCUUAGCCUCUAUAUUCAUAACAGUGGUGCCAAUGCUUGCAGACCCAGUCGGCACUGGGUUCGGAUGUCUUAUUAUACUGACUGGAGUUCCCGUAUAUUUCCUUUUUAUUGCGUGGAAAAGGAAACCCAAAGUUAUACAAAACGCUUUCGACAUUUAG